AUGCAGACAGGAUAUGCAAAAAUACUUGUAAAAAAUUUCUUGUAGUUUUAUGAAGGUAAUUCCUAUGAAUAGAACAACAUAAAUAAAACACAAUUGAAUUAUUUGCACACAAAAAAUACAUUUAAGGAGAAAAAAAACAAAAUUGUUGGGCUGGGAUUGUUGUAAAUGAUUUUAUUAUAUUUUAUUUUUCACAUAUUUAGUGUUAAAUCUGAGGAUAUAGCUUCAUUGCAGGCUAAUGUUUUUAUUUAAAGUCUAAAAUCACGACUUUACACAACACAUCGGUGUAGGAUUUUGUCUUUUUGCUGCUCCCAUACCGUCCUCUAUCGACAGAGGUCGCUGUUUGCUUUGGCACAUUGGAAACCACCUGGGCGUUAUCUCUGACCUGCUCAAUCGAUAACCAGACUCAAAACAAUUUCACCACUCGGCCGAACACCCUGAGCUCCUCAUAUCUUUGUCAAACUAGCCGGAGUGCACACUAAUAGUCACUUAAGAGAAACAGAAACUCGACAAAAUUGAUUGUUGCUCCAAGAAAAAAUGCCAAGUAGUGCGGAUCGAAGAGGAAGUUGCGAGAGUGUAAUGGGUUAACCGCGGAAGGCCUCGCCUCACCUUUCUGCGCGUCACCCGGCUCUGUGAAGUGGUCCCACCAUCCCAGCAUCCAAACUAAAAAAAGGGGGAAAAAUCGCCGUCGCCAGACGCGCCUCCUCGCAUCGGUCGAUCUCACAUCAUCCUGUCGGUCUCCGCCCCGCCGCUCCAUCCUCACGCACACAUCCAGAAACACAGCGAGAACUGGAGGAAUAAGAGUGAUUUACCGGCGAAAUAGGAAACCAUGAAGGACCGCAUGCAAGAACUUAGACAUGGGAAGGAGACGACAGAGGAAGAGGAUGAAGUCGCCGUCGGGAUGGAGAAAGGCUUCAUGGAUGAGUUUUUCGAACAGGUGGAAGAGAUCCGGGGUUUCAUCGAGUCUUUGGCGGAGAAAGUUGAAGAGGUGAAAAGGAAGCACAGUGCCAUCCUCGCCUCGCCCAACCCAGACGAGAAAACUAAAGCUGAGCUUGAAGAUCUAAUGGCAGACAUCAAGAAGCUGGCCAACAAAAUACGCUCUAAAUUAAAGAGUAUCCAGAAUACCAUUGAGCAAGAAGAGGGGCAGAACAGGUCUUCAGCUGACCUGAGGAUACGUAAAACACAGCACUCCACACUGUCCCGGAAGUUUGUCGAGGUGAUGUCAGAAUACAACACCACCCAGUCGGACUACAGGGAGCGCUGCAAGGGACGCAUUCAGAGACAGCUGGAGAUCACUGGGAGAAACACAACAAAUGAGGAGCUGGAGAGCAUGUUGGAGAGUGACAACCCGGCAAUCUUUACCUCGGGGAUAAUUAUGGACAACAUCACCCAACAAGCGAUGAAUGAGAUUGAGACGCGACACAAUGAGAUUAUCAAGCUGGAAAACAGCAUCAGGGAGCUUCACGACAUGUUCAUGGACAUGGCCAUGCUGGUGGAGAGCCAGGGUCAGCUGGUGAACAGCAUUGAGCGAAGUGUUUUGGAGGCCCAGGAGUAUGUGGAGCACGCCAAGGAGAACAUAAAAUGCAAAAAGUUAAAAAAGACCAGCAGACGGAAGGUGAUCCUGAUAGGAGGUUGUGUUGCAGUGUGUCUUACUCUCCUCAUUAUUUCCCUCGCAGUGGGACUCAGUUAGGACCCUCAGAAAUCCCCGCAGAGCGGACAGGACAGGACAAAAUGCCUCCUGUUCCAGCAACACACAACUACUACUGUUAAUCUAUUCAGAUGUGGUGCAGCAUGUGCACUGUGUAAUGUGCAGCCACUACUAAUACUGCUCUUGAACUGGGAAGCUGGUCAUUAGAUUUCCAGCUUGAAGCCAUUUUAUUCUGAGCACUCAGAUAUUGUACAUAAAUUUUAAAAUGUGUAUUUAAACCUAUGUUUUAGUCACACACCUUGAGGGACUGUUUGUGCUUUACUUCUGUUUGUGUCAUGAUUCACACAGCUUUGUCAUGUGCAUGUUUGGCAGCGUGUUGAAGAGCUUUGCAUGUUUCCCCACAAACACAAAUGCUGCAACCGAGUGGAUACACACUCACUGAUGAUCGCAAUAAACACGUCUCAAGUCAGACUUUUAAUUGAACCUCAGCAGGGAGAAACUUCAUGAACAGACGAAUGAUUGAAACCUUUGAUAAAAACUGCAUUAAAGGAAUAAUUUCACACACUGGGAAAUACACUUCAAAUUCACUUUCUUUGAAAGGAGUAAAUGGCAGAAUAGCAUGUGUGUGUGUCAAAGCUAGAAGUUGUGGUUUUACAUGGUGUUUAUGCUGUGGACAGCGUAGCACAGUGACUUCUUGGAGUCUCAGCUGGUUGCCUGGUUGCCUGGCAACAUGACGUUGACGACAAUUCUAAGACGAGUACGCCCGCAACCCGGCCCCAGAAAUAGUCAAGCACAUAAACCUCAAUGAGUGCGUUGUAAGAGCCGGCUUCUAGCUUCAAGAUCCGGUUCCAUAUUGCGGGCGGGAGAGUUUCACAAAACCUUCAUUAAUUGUAAAUUUAAAAUCCAAAGAGGAACAAUUGAAAGCGUGGUGUUGUGUCUUCCCCUUUAUAAUGGUGCACUACGUGGUAGAUGCUUGGGACACUCGAUCGUGUCAACGUCUUUGGGUAGAUCCAUAGAAACUUUUUAAAUGAAUCUUUGAGAAAUCAGAUGAAACAUUACUAUAAAAAUAUAUCACUAUAACUAUAUACUAUAAGUUAAGCUAUAUUUUCUCAACUUUAAAAGUGGCGGGAUAUUAUUACCACCCAUAACAAGCUAAUGUCUUAUUACUGUAAGUGCAGGUGUUUUUCAAUUUUAUGUGUUUCCCAAAAUGUCAAACUAUUCCUUUUAUGGAGACUAUUAUGACCACAGAGUUUAAAUCUUUGCUGUUUAUCAACUCAUGUGGAGGAAUGCACAUAAAAAAUGAGUUAAGGUUGGUUUAAAGGCAACAUGUCGAUUUUUACUGUCUGCGUUAUUUGCAGUCUGCAAGUACCACGGACCAUAAUUGCAUGUUUUUCGAUACCACCACCAGAUGGUGCUGCAAUUGUGGAUUCCUAAUUUUACAAAUAGUGGCAUUUAACGUGAGGAUCAUGUUUGUGUGGUAUUAUAAUAAACACUUGUUUUUUUCAUGUGGUAUGAAUGAAAUGCAAAAUGUUUUAAACCAUAGUCACACUCCAAAGCAUGCUCAGAAAACAUAAAACAACAGUCCUCCAAACAGCUUUCUGUUCUGUGCUUCUACAAAACUGCAUUGUGUCCGGAUUAUCACGAACCGUGCGUUAAAUUAAAGUGUAAUUCAUACCUCUAACAUGUUUUUCCUCUGCUCCUUCCUUUGCUGCUUUGGAUGUUUGUCUUUCUGUUCACGUUAACG